AAAACCCCACUCCCCCACAAGCGGUCGCUCACACUCGCCUCGCUCCGCCGCGUCACGAAAACCCUCCGCUAUGGCGCCGCCGCCGGAGGACGAGGAGGCUGCGAUCGAUGCCAUUCUGGAAGCUGGCGUUGAUGAUGAGGAGGAGGAGGAUCCGGAGGAGGUGGAGCCGUGGAUCCCAUCCUCCGACUCGGAGCCGGACGAGGACCGCCCGGCGCUCGAGCCGCCGGACCCUUCCCCCGCCGCGGCCGAGGCAGCGCUACAGCCGGCGCGGAUGGCGGUGAAGGAGGAGAAGGGCGAGGGGGAGGAGGCGAGGCCGCGGUGGCCCGGGUGGCCCGGCGCGAGCGUGUUCCGGCUGCUGGUGCCCGCGGACAAGGUCGGCGGCCUCAUCGGUCGCUGCGGUAGCACUAUCAAGCGCCUCUGCGACGAGACCCGCGCCCGCGUCCGCGUCAUCGACGCCGCGCACGCCGCCGCCGACCGGAUUGCUUUAGUAUCUGCAACAGAAGAAGUUGAAGCAGAGCUAUCACCUGCGAUGAAUGCUGCGAUUAAGAUCUUCAAGCAUAUAAACGGCAUAGAAGAGAUCAAUUCUGAUGGAACUUUAUCUGCUUCUGCACCAGAAAUUUGUUCUGUUAGAUUAUUGGUUCCAGCUGCACAAGCUGUCCACUUAAUUGGCACGCAAGGAGUUACAAUUAAGUCAAUCCAAGAAAGUACUGGUGCUACUAUAAGGAUUAUAGAUGAAGAUGAGCUAUUGAGUGAGGUACUGGAUGAAAGAAUUGUGAAGAUAUAUGGUGCUUCUCUCAAGGUUCACAAUGCCCUAAAAUCAGUGCUUGGACUUCUCCGUAAGUUCCUAGUUGAUCAUGGUGUGCUUCAUCUAUUUGAAAGGAAGAACCAAGAAGUUGCUCAGGCACAGCAUACUUUGAAAGAAAAUCAAUUUAUUGAUACUUAUCAUGUUGCAGUGAACCAGGAUUUUUGGCUAUCUGAUCAGCGAGGUUUUGGUCCCCCAAUAGGCAGUAGACCAUUGUGUGGACAUGAUCCAUCUUUCUGUGACCCUUACUCAUCAGAUGUCAUCCAUGCAACUGAUUCCUUGAUGACACAGCUGGGUCAUGCUAAUCCAAAAGGCAGUAGAUUCUUAUAUGGAUGCGAUCCAUCCUUUUGUGAUCAGUACUCACCAUAUCUCAGCCAACCAAUCCAUAAGUUAAUAACACAGACAAUGAAGAUCCCGCUGCCCUAUGCUGAAGAGAUAAUUGGCGAGAGGGGAGAAAACAUUGAAUUUGUCCGAUCUGUUAGUGGAGCAGUUGUGAUUCUUGAGGAAAUUGGAGAUUAUCCAGAAGAGGUUCUAAUUGUGAUCAAAGGCAGUCCUUCACAAGUUCAAACUGCGCAUCAACUUUUACAGGAGGUUCUUUCAGGCAACAGGGAGCCUCCACCGCUGCCACCGAGGAUUUGUUUCCGCGGCGCUGAAGCUGGCCCACGGGUGCCGAGCUCCCCUCAUGCUGGCGCGAUGCUGCUGAACUCCCCCCCUACCACAUGCCAUUGCAACAAGCCGGGGGCACUACGAAGAUGAACCGCCCCGUGGCCACAGGAGAUACCCUACCCACCAUCCACAGAGGCUACUACGGGCCGUAGAAAGGCGAGAUCAGGGCUUGGCUCCCUGACGCCUAGAGUCUAGAUUAUGCUCAGCUCACCUGACCAAGAAGCUAGCUCUCACUGUAUGCCCAGUAUAGAGAAGUAUUAGCCCUUAUAUACUUGCUACACCUACACUAACUUAAUAUCAACAAUGUGACAGUAUGACUAGCUCAGGAAAGAACCUAGCCUCCGUAUGGUUUCAUGCAUGCUUCAUAUAUAUAGACGAUCAGGCACUGGUUCGACGGCCGCCGCGCGGACCACUUGCGUGCGACCUCGCCGGCGAACCGAGAGUACGCACAUGCAUCGACCACUGCCCUUCUUCAGUUCUUCCUCAUGAUCAGUUCAGGAACAAAAGCCGAAUGGUAUCGAUCGAUCUGCAUCUCCAUGCUCGAAUUGAAACAUGUGCAGUCUGUGCAGUAGAUGUUUGUAACACUUGUUAUCUGAACCUCUAGCAUUUCUACUGGUCUAAAUUGAAAAGAUGGUGCUGUUAUGUA